UUUAACUCCCGGUGAAGUCGAGGGUGAGAGCGGCUCCUAAAAAUCUACCCCUGGUAUUGUCAUCUAACCGUGCUUACAAGCAUUUCGUAAUGCAGGCGAAGUUAAAACGCCUGGGACUGCACGGCGGUUUUGUGGAGUCAGAAAUAACGAACGUAAUUAGCUUGCCUUUUCUGGAUGCCGAUUGGGUUUUUUUUCUAAAGCUGAAAUGGGAAUAGGGAGGUUAUUUGCUUUGGACCUUUGUCAGGUGAGUGCCUGGCAGAGCUAGGGGAGCUCUGGAAAAGGAAGGUUCGGCAGUGGGAGCCAGCGCUGGGAGAUCGCAGCACCUGACGGGCGGUUGGCAGAAAGACCGAUCUCAGAACGGCUCCAGUGGGCAUUCCAGAGUUACGUGAAAAAAAAUACAUUAAAGUUGUUUUGUGUAUUUCCCUGGUGAUUCGGGUACUUUACCUGCACUGUCUGCUGUGUUUUAUUUGGUUCCUCGCCUUUUGAAAGUUCAGGAAGUGUCACUAUUUGUGGAGCUGGACUCUGCAGGUUUUAUUGUUGGGAAAAGCUGGAUUUGGGUGGCUGAUAUCUCUGAAGACUUUUUUAAACUAACACCCAUAAAUGCUUAUUACCUGUAUUGAAAACAAAGGAUUACGUGGCGGCUCACUGGUGACUUGUCUGUAGAAUACUUUCAAGAUACACUGUCUUGAUGUAUGGAGGAACUAGCUGCUUCUUGUGUGACAGGGAUUGCCUAUGGAUUUGAUAAUCCUGCAUGACCCAGGAGAGAUUUAGUUCAAACUAACUUUCCUCUUGUAUUUUUAAUAAUACUUUGUCGAGUAUCAAAAUACAAAAAACCCCCUGAAACUGACUUGAGUGGCCUUUUUUAUUUUUUCCCAAGCAGGCAAAUAUAUCUUUUUCUUUCUUCACACCCCGUUAUAACUGUGUUAAAGACCUCAGGGGAGACUGAGGGGAAGAUUCUAAAUGGUCUCUCCCUUCCCUGAGAAACCAAGCAGAAUUUUCUCUUAAACAGCAGAGCUGCAAGGAAGCUUUUAGGUACUGUGAAGAUUUGACCUAUGCAGCACCUGUUUAGCCAACCCCAAAAGUCUACAGAUAAAUAGUGAUGUAGAUGUGAGUGAGAUUAGUCGAGGGCUCAGGUAAUAAGAGAUGGGAGUUAUACAGCCACCAAAUUACUUACAUUUCCAGAUAUUCAGUAUGAAAAAAGUAAGGAACUGAUAUUAUCGGCAUAAAACCUACACCCACACAUUGCUGUGUAGAUGUUGUACUAGCCAGUUGUCACCUCGUGUGCAUUGUUAAACUCCAGCCAUGAAACCCUGCAGCAGUUAUUAAUGCAAUUAUUAGUGUUGCUGUGGUACUCAUCCACGUAAUUUGCUGUAACACAUUCUCACAUUGGAUAAUACUAGCUGUCCCACCCAUGGUAUAUAAAUAACGAAUGCAAAGCAUGAAAGUCCAGAGAGAGUAUUUGAAACCAUAGCUUUAAAGGAAAAUGAAUGUCAAAGUUACUUGGUUGCAUGACAUUUAGACAAGAUGCACUUUUCCUCUGCCUCAUGUCAGUUUAUUUCAUUUAUUCAGCUGUGUAUUCGGGUGCUUCAAUAAUAAAAGCAUUAUACCACAGAAAAAUCAGAUCCUGAGGUGAGGGGUGACUGCAUACAAAACAGGGAUGUAGAAGGCUAAGCAUGUGAUAGCUUAGAAAAAUACUCGCGGGUGCACUGAAUGAUGUUGGUCCUCAGCUAUUGAGCAGUGCUGAACAAAAGGCUGUCCAGGACCAACACCUGGCUUUACAAACCACUCCUGCAGCGGUCUGAUCGCCCUAGCUCUGUCUGCAAAGGUGCUUGCUGUCAAGGCUGGGCGCUGCCUAUUCGAUGUCCUGAAGCUGUAGCUCUGUUUAGCUGCUGGCAUUCUGUAAAUACAGUAAUAAACCAGCUAGUCCUAGGGAAGGUUCCAGCUAAUCAUCAUGACCUGUGGUGUCUAAAAAUCUCCUGUUCCCUUAUGUUAAGGGAGCCUGUUUGUAAAUAGGGCAGGGCCCCUGCAUAAGGACAGUGUUUUUAUUCACACCCAAUGAACAAACACCUCCACCCACUGUUGUUGUUUUAAAAGACUCCAGCUGCUCAUGAAUAUAGGGUCAGGGAGGGCCGCCUAAAUGUUUCUCUGUGCUUUCUCCCCAGCACAGCCAGCAGAGCUGUUUCCUGUUCUUUGUUUCAAGGCUGGGGUUUGCGUCACACAUUCCAAGUGGCAUAUGUGGUGCUCUUUCCUGUUUCAGGCUGUUUUCUGGCAGAUCAGUAGCCUCUUCCAGGCCCCUUGUCACUGCCCCUCAACUCCCAAUCCCCACCCAAUGAGUUAUCAUGUCUCUACACACUCAACGAUUGCUUAAGAUGCCUGUGUUAUGUCAUAAUGAGGUUUCCCAAGUUAACCUUUAACAUACGCCCUCGACUCCAGUAUAGUUAUGGGGGUGAACUGGAGAGCUUCACUCCCUUCACUGAAAACUAGUACUCAAGUCUCCAAAAGUUGUGAGCCAGUUUUCUGCUCUCACUUGCUCAUCAGUAGAUCUGGAAUAGCUCCAUUAAAGUAACAGAGUUACACUGGUAUAAAAAGAGUGUGAGAAGAGAAUCCACAUGUGUAGGCUCGUAUUUGUAAGAGGGUUUUGGCUUCUGCCCUUACCCAACCUGAAUGGCCACCAGAAGCACUCUUAUUUCCAGAUCUCAAAAGGAAUAGGUAUUUUCUUCAUAUAGAAACUAGAAGAGUCAUUGGCUUCCAGAUGUAAUACAGAAAAUGAGGCACUGCUGGCUAUUUUUUCUUUGGAAUACCAUAGGUAUGGCUGUCCCACAUUUUGUAUUUUUGAAGGCAUAAAAAUAAUUUUUUUAUUCCUGUUUUUAUAUUUUUCUUGUCCCCCCACCCUGUUGCAGGCAGACGUAGAGAAACGUCAAGAGGAAAUUCAGAAAGAGAACGUAAAUGUUUCUGUUGCUUUGGAUCUGACAGAAGAAGAGCUAAAGGACCCAAGCCAAAGCUCAUUGAAAUAAAGAGAAAGACUUGCAUUAACUUCAAUGGGCUUUGAAUCAGGCCCUGGCUGAAAAUGCAAGAUGGAGUGUUUAUUCUUCUGUGUCACUUAGGGCCGGAAUAUGCAUUGUUUCUGUACACACAGAAAUACUUCCACCCUUUCAUUUUACCCCUUUCUUUCACUCAUUUUUUAGGUAAUCUUUUAGUUCCUGCUGUUGCUCUUCUGAUGCUAAAAAUUUGCUUCUUGUAAUCGUUACAGCUGUCUUUUAAGAAGGAUCUGAAAUACAUGCUUUAAACUUCCUCUUUCAGGGCUUAAUUGUGUGUGAAAAAUAAUUUUUACUGAAUUAUAUGCACAUCCUUACAUCAACUUGUUUUUUGUCUGUUCAGAACUCGAGAUAACAAGAAGUAUUUGGCCACACGGUUUUGUUACUACCAUACCAAUGGGAAUCCAGUGAAUCAACAAACACAGAAAGCUGCUGAUCAGCGAAAGGUUUUCUUGGCCAGGACCUCAGAGGCAUCAGAACAGGUGAAUAAAAAAGAUGCUGAUGUUUGACCCAGUCCCUAUCAAGCAAGAAGCCAUGGAGCCUGUUUCAGUGUCAUACCCGUCCAAUUACAUGGACCAAAUGAAGCCAAACAAAUACAGCGUCAUUUAUUCUACACCAAGUAUGUUGCACAAUAAAUUCUACUCAAACCCUGAAGGACUAUCAAAUGGAAUCCAGAUGGAGCCAGUAGACCUUACAGUGAACAAACGGAGCUCACCAUCUUCAACUGGAAGUUCUCCUUCCCCCCUAAAGUUUCAGACUGUGCACAGGAGAACUUCACCUGGAUUGACUCUGUCCUCACCCAGCUCACCUCUCAGUAAAUUCACACCGUCACCCCCAGGAGUACAGCCUAUUUCCAUGCCAAUAACAAUCCCACCUGUAAUGGCCGCUGCUCUUUCACGCCAUGGACUAAGAAGCCCUGGAAUACUCCCAGUUAUACAGCCGGUUGUGGUCCAGCCAGUUCCUUUUAUGUAUGCUCCCCAUCUUCAGCAGCCCAUCAUGGUGUCUACAGUUCUUGCAGAUGAGAUGGAAACUCCAAGUAGCAUGCAAGUGCCUGUUAUUGAGUCUUACGAGAAGCCUACAUUGAAGAAAACAAUCAAAACAGAGCCAGGAAGUGAACCAUCAAAGACUGACUUCUAUCCUGAACAAAUGUCACCUCCAAUGAUGACCUCAUUGUCUCCCCAGCAAGUAAUGUUGCAAGAGAAUCACCCUUCAGUUAUAGUUCAGCCAGGAAAGAGGCCUUUACCUGUGGAAUCUCCAGACACUCAAAGAAAACGCAGAAUACAUCGAUGUGAUUACGAAGGCUGCAACAAAGUCUACACUAAAAGCUCCCAUCUGAAAGCUCACAGAAGAACCCAUACAGGUGAAAAACCGUACAAAUGCACUUGGGAGGGAUGCACGUGGAAGUUUGCUCGUUCUGAUGAACUAACGCGGCAUUUCCGCAAGCAUACGGGAAUCAAACCUUUUCAGUGCCCAGACUGUGACCGUAGCUUUUCACGUUCGGACCAUCUUGCUCUUCACAGAAAACGCCACAUGCUAGUCUGAAUGUCUUCUGUCCCCGACUCCUGUCACACUUUUUUUUUUUUUUACACAUGCAUUUUGAUUUGGAUUCAGCUGGUCUGAAUCUCUGAGUUUAUACCAUUAAAAGCUUACAUAUGGUCAGUAACAGAUGUUAUCUAACCCUUCUAUGUCCUUGCCACGGGUCAGACCUAAAGAAUGUGAACACCUUUUUUUCCUUUUAUUUUUUCUUCUGGGGAUGCUAAGCAAACCCUUUCUGCAGACAGUAUGUUUAGUGUAUUCCAUUGUGAGUAAGGGAAUUUGUAAACUAACAGCUUUUGUUGGUUUCUUCGUAUAAUCAACCCAGCAUAUACUGAUAAAGUAGUAAAUUUACUGAAUAUCCAAAAUGCUAGUCCUUGCCAGAGACUUUUUAAUUAUGUGCCCUGUAAGGGAUAGAUACACUCUCAUUUUAUGCUUAACAAUGCAAUUAAUGGACUCUCCCAACUGUGUUGAUUUCUGCAGUAUGGUUAAUACAGCAGUUUUAGAAAGACACCCAAUUUAGAAAUCCCCUUUGCCCAAACAGUGAUUGACACUGUAGAAAUAAAUCGAAGCAAUAUAAUUACUUUACAGAAAGAUUGAGUCAUCGUAUCAUUUACCCCAGUCAAGAAGAAAAAUUGGCAGGAAUUGGUCCAUAUAUAAUACUGUGCAUCUAAACCAAUGUCAUCUGUCCUCUGUAUUAUAGUGUAGUAUAUAUACUUGUUUUUAUUGCAUAAUGCCCUGGUGGAUUUGUUAAAUGAAGGCCUUGUGUGACACUGUGUCUGCUUUUUGUGCAAGUGUAUGGAUGGAACACACACGGUACUCUCCUAUGAUACGGCAUUAAAUUAUGUUCAUACAAACCUACCACACCUCAUUUCAGGGAUGUAGACUGUCCCUCUACAAUCGCUCCCCUACAUUUCUUCUAAAUAUUUUUUUUCUUUGCUGUACCUCAGAAAAUAGCAAUCAUUAUGUCAAAAAUGCUCUGACCUGUAUUGUUGCAAGUGAGUGCCACUUUAAUACACUACAGUAUUUAAAAUGAUUAAUCCACAAUAUUUUUAUGACAAGAUGGCAUCAGACAUUAUGAAACACUUCUGAUGAUAAAAUGAGUCAUGUAUCUGUUUUGGAUAAAAACAUACCAGAUCAUCCAUUUGGUAACCCUGGUCUGUGACUCUGGUAGCGUCUCAACAGUAGGUAGACGAAGCUUCCCUGUGGAUGUGUCGAUUGUAUUAAAAAUACCGCAUCAGCAAGUCUUAACUCCCAUGUCGGUUAGCAAACACAAUAGAUUAACUGAAAUCAAGCAACCUGCAGCUGACCCUAGAAAUGUUCCUGUCUGUGGAAGCCUGCUGAAAGGAAGGUUUCUGACUAUUAGCUGGGAGACUUGGUGGCACUGCAAGGAAACAGGAUGUAUUUCUCCAGGCUGUUGCACACUGGUGCAUUUUUCUUCUUUCUCCUAUGUAAGGCAAAUACCAUUCCCUGCAAAUUAAACAUACUGAAGUCAGGGGUUUGUUUCUCUUGGGAAAAACCCACUGGAAGAUGGAGGGGUGAGGGGAGGAAGAGUUUUCAUAAAACUCUCCAGGAGGAGUCAGGUGGAGUGUCUGUCUGCAGGUGGGUAUUUUUGAGGUUACGGAGCAGGUAGGCUGUGCUGCUACAUCCUGUGGAGUCCCAACAGCAAACUGAAGUAGUCUUGGAACAGUUUUGAGUGCAAAAAGCCUUCCCUAGGUGAUGGGAGUUUACCAGGUGUUCUGCUGACGUCCACGUAACCAUAGAAUUACAGAAGGGCGGGAUCUGUACUUCCUGGAGAAAACAGUCCUACAGCAACUGCUGUGAAAAAAAGUAUUGUUCCAGUUGUUCAGCAAAUCUUGUAUGUGGGAAUAUGGAACUGGCAAUUUUAUUUAAGGAAUGGAGCCCUGAACAUGUGCUCUACGAAGGGGAGAAUGGAGAUUUGCAAAGCAGACUUGGAAACAUUGCUGCAAAGCUUUCAUGAGGAAGAUCCAUAUGCUGUGUUACAGCACCAUACAUCCUCACCACUCCGCUAGAACUGAGGGAAGUUACACCAGAUCUACUUGUAACUGGCCUUCAUCUGCUUAGCUAUGGAGCUGAGAAACCUGGGAGAUGAAUCAGUCUUUUUUUGGUAGGCCAGAUUGUUACUGAUGUUGAGGAACUUGCAGGGAAGAGGAGGAUAUUAGUGAGCAACUGUUCUAGAAUGGAGAUUUUUGUUGGAUAUUUUUAUUGGCAGCAGUAGCAGAAUUGGCCUCCUUCGCUAGGCUCUAGGUUUUAAUGAUAGUGCCAUAAAUGCAGACACAUCACUUGAGAGGGUGUGUGGAGUCCCUGUAGCAUCUGUCACAAGUCUACAGACAUUCAGUGUCCUGGGAUGAAAAUAAUUCUCUUGCAUUCUAGGGAAAAAAACAGAUGAGAUCUUAUAGAAAUAAAAGGCUUAAUGGCAGUUGGUCCCAUUUUUGGCUUAACAUAUGCAAAUCCAUAGAAUUUGGAAUGUUUAAGGAAAUUUCUUUCCAAUGCUGUUCUCUUUUGAGGCCUUCACAAUUUUUUUUUUGUUUGGUUUGGUUGUGUAUGGGUUUUAUUGGUUGAUUUAUUUAUUUAUUUUUUAAAUUAGAAGUCUAAAAUCAAGUACCCUAGGUGCAGAACUUCUUUGUAACCAUGAGUUACAUUGGAGAAUUUAAUUUAGGUUAUUUGCCAUGUUCAUUCAUUAGCCUAUGUACUACUUUUUUCCUGAAAAUAUUUAUGCUAAUAGUGGGGACAAAUACAGUGGAGAUUCAAUAGAACUUUCAAAUAUCUUUACCCAUGUGCCUUGGGAUUUAGGACAACAGAAAUUUAAGUAUUAAAUAUUUGAGAUUAUUCCAUAUAAAUGCCUUGCUUAUAGAAUUUUUCACUUGUGUCUGUGGUGUCUUGUGGGAUGUCAAAAAAGUCACAAAUACAAUUUUGUCUUUCAGCUGAAAAUGUGAAUUUACAUCUUAACUGGCUCAUUGAUUCAUUUUAGCAAACUCUGAUUUGAGGGUUAUCUUGUAAUUUUUAAAUAUACCUGACUAAGUACUUUUUAAAGCCAGUCCUUCUGUCUUUGCCCUUACUAAAGAAAAGCCAGUUUAGAUACAUAGAAAACCCUAAUGCUGCAGAACGUGUAUAUUUUAAAAAGCCACCUUUUUCCCUAGCAGUAUCGCAUUGUGCGGUGUGUAACAGGUGAUACCGUUUUACUAAAAUGUGUCUAAGUCAUUUGAUUAUAACAAAUUACUAGUUUCUAAGACAAUCACGAAAAACUGCAUAGGUAUAAAUGUGUGUGGUUUUAUUGAAAUAUACACUGCCAUUCUGCAGUGAUAUUUCUAAUGCCACAUCUUGUCCAGGUAUGUUGUCUCUGUCAAGGUUAGCAACAUGUAGGUGAAUACAAAUGUUUUCUAUAAAAAAUUACGUUUUACUUAUCUUAAGAGGGCUACACCAGUUUUCAUUAUAUUUUACAAAUAUUAGCACUUUUAAAAAAAUGUACUUUAAAUAUUAGAGGGUCAAAAUAAUCGUUCUGCUUAGCAUCUCUCACCUGCAAAUGUAGCAGGGAUGUUAUAUUUACUUUAAUACUUGUAUAAACUAUGCAGAAAUUUUUUAAUAAAAUGUAAUAUAUUUUAUAAGCUAGUAAGACUGAAUGGGUAAUUAAAGGUUUCUAGCGUGCAUUACUAUAACUUGCAAAUAUGGAGACAUUUUGGUAAUUUUUCUUAUUAAAUAUGUGAAUGUUUCAUGUACUUUCACUGUUUCUACUUUGGUAGUCCAAUGGGAAUUCAGUAAUGACAUUUUGUCAUGUCAAACUGUGAACAUAAAUUUGUACUGUACAGUCCUCAUAUUUAGUACACAAUGCAUAUGUAUCAUACUUGUUAAUAAACCCCUCAGAAUAU